AUGCCAUCGAAGAAGAAGAGCGCGCCGCGCGGCGCAGGGCCUGGCGCUCGCCCUGCUGCGGCCGACCCAGGAAUCGACAUCGUGUUUGAUAAGCCCAAGCCAAAGGCCAGAGGUCAUCGCCAAAGGGGAGCGGGGACGGUGAUGGUGGACCGCGGCGGCGUGGAGCGGGACGGCGUGACUGUCCUGUCGUGGCAGCGCCUCCCGUCGCAGCUGGUGCAGCAGCACGCCGACCGGCUGCAGAUGAAGCGGCCGCACUUCCACCCCGUCCAGCCCUCAGAACCGGGCUUGUUCCGGUUCAGGGUGGUGCUCCCCGACCGCAAGAACAACGCCAAGGACAUGGCGUUCUGCCCGACCGAGUCUUUCCACACCGCGGCGCAGGGGAAGGAGCACGCGGCCCUCCUUGCGCUGCUCAAGUUGCAGGGAGACCAGCCGCUCGAGAGAAAGCUGCCGGAGCCCUACAAGUGGGAGAAGGCCAAGAAAGCGCGAGAGGACAAGGCGAAGGAGGAGAAGGAGAAGCAGAAGGCCGAGGCCAAGCCCACCCUCGGGGACUCUCUGUGGGGGAGCUCCGUUGAGAAGGAGGAAGAACAAAAGAAGAAGAACGAAGCCAUCCGAAGGGCGGCGGAGGGCCCCGCGGCGGUGGUGCUGAAGGCGGACACCAAGUUCGUGUCCCGCUUCGAGGCGGACAAGGCCAGGGCCGACAAGGAGAAGGUCGUGAAGGACAGGAAGCGCAAGGCGGAGGCUCGGGCGCGGUCUAACACGGACAUGAAGGUGAUGAUGAGCGCCCGGCUCCGAAAAAUCCUCGAGGAGGCGCUCGGUCUGACGGAGGAGCGAGAGCGGCAGCGAGACGGCGGCGCGGAGCACCACGGCCUGACUCUGGACGGGCUCGAGGGGACGGAUCGGGCGGCCCUGGAAAAGGUCCAGGGGAUGGGUUUCCCCGCGGAUGAUGUGCUGCGAGCCGUAGACGCGUGCCCGGGGGAGGAGGGCGAAACGCUCGGGCAGCGGGCCGACGCCCUUUUGGAGUGGCUGUGCCUCCACCUCGAGGAGGCGGAGCUCCCUAAGGGCUUCGAUCCGCGCGGGAGAAACCUGGACGUGAUUCGUCCCGGACAAGACUUCGGGGUGGCGGCGGCUAUCGCGGGUGCAAGCACAGACGAGGAGGAGAACGGCAGCGACAGCUUGGACGCGGGCUUGUUGCGGCCGCUGAAGAUUCUCGCCGGCGGCUUGGUGCCCGCGUCGGCCAGGAAGCAGGGCGGCGGCGGCGGCGGCGGCGGCGGGGCGGCGGGCUUGGAUGCGGAAUUGAUGACGGAGGAAGAGGGGCGGGAGGCGGUGGACGAGGAGGUCAUGUCCCUGGAGGCUAUCUACGAUGGGGCGGUAGCGGUCGCUCCGAACAUGCCUGAGGGGGCAUAUCUUCUCUCGUUCGAUCUGACCAACCUAGCGUCCCUGCCGACCAAGGCCUGGCUAGACGUGUGGGUCCCGCAGGCGGGAGGCGUGGGCGGCUACCCCUCCGAGGCCCCCCCGGUGGCGCUGGUGCGCGGGCCGGACCUCCUGGCGGCGGGGCUCCUGCACGCCGCCCAGGUCGCCCUCGCCCGCCGCGCCAAGUCCUUGAUCGGGAACCCCGCGGUCUACGACAUCUUGAUGUGGGCGCUCGACGAGCUCCCGGCGAUGCUCGCGCUUCCAGCGACGGGGCGGGCGGCCCGAAGGAAGGAGGCGGCAGCCGCGGCGGCGAUAAGCGCCUCGGUAGGGUAUGGCAGUCCAGGCGUGUCCGUGGCCGCCGCCGGCGGCGGCGGGGGGGGUAACUCUGCGAAGGGCGGCGGCGAGGGCGGUGUUGAUCGCUCGGUGCGGCCUCGGCUGCCCGGGACGGAGCCGCUGUGGUCGGGCGGGGCGUCAUCGUUGGGUGGCGGGAGCGGGGGAAGAGAUCGCGGCGGUGGUGGUGGGAGGGGAGGAGGCCGGGGGGGAGUACGCCAGCAGCAGCAACGCGGUAGAGGCAGCGGCGGCGGCGGCCUUCCCCCUGGAGAGCGGAAGCGCGGCAGGGAGAAGGUCGAGGCCUCGAGGGAGUUCGAGAGCAGGAGGCGGCAGCGGGCGGCGCUGCCGGCGGCGAAGGCCAAGGCGGAGUUCUUGUCGCUGGCGCGGCGGAGCCAGGUGGUCCUGGUCUCGGGGGAGACCGGGUGCGGAAAGACGACCCAGAUCCCCCAGUUCUUGCUGGAGGAGUGGGAGGAAGGGGGGGGGCCUGGCGGCGGACCCGACGACCUGAGGGUGCUCGUGACGCAACCGCGGAGGAUAGCGGCGGUCGGGGUGGCCCAGCGCGUGGCAGACGAGCGGUGCGAGAGGCUCGGGGCAGGGGUCGGGUACAAGAUCAGGGGCGAGAGCAAGGCCGGCCCGGACACCCGGCUGCUGUUCUGCACGACCGGCCUGCUGCUGCGCCGCAUGCAGGGGGACCCGCGUCUGGAGGAGCUGACCCACCUUGUGGUGGACGAGGUGCACGAGAGGCACCUCGACGCCGACUUUUUGCUGGCGCUGCUGAUCGGCAUCCUCCCCAAGCGACCGAAGCUGAAGGUCAUUCUCAUGAGCGCCACGCUGGACACCGCCCGGUUCGCCGCCUACUUCGGGGGCUUGCCGGGCCUACCCGGGGGAAAAACGCCGGUGCUGCACAUCCCGGGACGAACCUUCCCGGUCCGCGACCUGUACCUGGAGGACGCGAUCGCGGCGACGGGGCACCGGCCGCGCCUCAAGAGGAAGCAGGCCUCCGCCACCCCGGGAACAACGGGGGGGGGGGGCGAUUCCCCCGCCGCCGCCCCUUCGGCGAAACCUCACGAAAAAAGCGGGGGUGGGGCGGGGAGGCCUGGCGGCCUUCAGGGUCCCAACCAUUGGCUUCAGGAGUUUGAGGAGGAGGACAACAACAAGGAGGACCUCCCCCAGCGGGAGCGGGAGCGGGGGGCCCUGGGAGGGUUGGACAUGGACCGGGUUGACAAGGACCACCUCCACUACAAGCUGCUGGUGUCGCUCGUCCUGUACGCGGUUAGUCCGCAGGGCGAGCGCGAGCUGGGCCUUCGCGGCGGGGAGGAGGAAGACGACGGUGGUGAUCGAGGGGUGUCCGGCUCCGUGCUGGUGUUCAUGCCGGGGACGAUGGAGAUCGACCGGCUGUGCCGCGAGCUCGAGCACGCGACGGAGGGGGGCCAGGGCCUCUUCGUGCUGCCGCUCCACGGGUCCCUGCCCCCGCAGAGGCAGCGCGCCGUGUUCGACCCCCCGCCGCGGGGGAAGCGCAAGGUGGUGGUGAGCACCAACAUCGCCGAGACCAGCAUCACCAUCCCGGACGCCACCGUGGUCCUCGACAGCUGCCGCGUCAAGGAGAUGGGGUACGACGUCGCGCGGCAGAUGCCCCGACUGCAGGAGUCGUGGGCGAGCCAGGACUCGCUGACGCAGCGCAAGGGGCGCGCCGGCCGGGUCCGCGAGGGGGUCUCCUUCAAGCUCCUCCGGAGGAAGACGUUCGCCAGGCUCCCCGCGCACGGCACGCCCGAGAUCAAGAGGGUGCCCCUCGACCACCUCGUCCUGCAGAUCAAGGCCCUGGGCGUGGAGGAGCAUCCCUCGGUCGUGCUCGCCCGGGCGCUCGACCCCCCGGACCCGAAGGCGGUGCAGGACGCCGUCGACGUGCUGACGGACCUCAAGGCGCUCGGCGAAGGGGCGGAGCUCACUCCCCUGGGCUGGCACCUUGCGGCGCUGCCCUGCCCGGUGCAGGUGGGCAAGAUGCUAAUAUACGGGGCGGUUCUAGGCUGCCUGUCCCCCCUGCUCUCGAUCGCCGCCGGUCUCAGCUGCCGGUCCCCCUUCCUCUCCUCCGGGGACCCCGAAAAGCGGGAGGCCAUCGACGCUGCCAAAAAGCGCAUGGCGGCGGCCGGCGGGGGUCGGAGCAACCACACCCUACUUGCCGCCCUGGCCGGGAUCGGGUUCAUCGCGAGCUCGCGGGCGGCGUUCGACCCCCGGGCGAGCGUGAACGCGCAGGCCCGCAGCUGGCGCGCGGUGAAGGCGGCCGUGUGCGCGGGGCUGUACCCGCGCGUGAUGCGCGUCCGCCGGCCGAUGGAGAAGUUCGUGGACCUGGUGGGCGUCGGGGCCGUCCCCGUGCGGCACACGGCGAAGGAGUUCCAGUUCUUCACGCGCUCGAGGGGCCCGGACUCCGGCCCGGGCAAGGAUGACCGGGUCUUCAUCCACCCUUCGUCGAUAAACUUCAGGACGAACGACUGGUCGUGCCCGUGGCUGGUGUACCACGAGCGGGUGCACACGAGCAGGGUCUUCGUGCGCGACUGCACGGAGGUGUCGCCGUACGCGCUGCUGCUGUUCGGCGGCCAGGUAGCCGUGCAGGCCGGGCUGGGGAGGAUCGCGGUGGACGAGUGGGUCCGGUUCGAGGCGGUCGGGCGCAUCGCCGCCCUGGUGAACCGGCUCAGGCAGCGGCUGGACGGCAUGCUGUGGGAAAAGAUCCAGGACCCGAGGCUGGACGUGGCCGGGUCGAAGCUCUCGGAGGCGCUCGUGGAGCUCCUUCAGACCGACGGCAUGGGCUAG